AGAGUGCCAAAUUCAACAAUGACAGUUUCUUCCAAACUGUUCUCGACAAACCAACCAAUUCUUCUCAAAAUCGGUCAGUUGUUUUCUGAUGUGUUGGUUGUUCUAUUCAUAUUUGAUAUUUGCUGAUGAAAUUCGUUGCUAUUAAAUAGGAACUGCAUUGUGUGUGAUUUAUAAAAGAUUUUUGAGAAAACUGCAAAUUACAUAAAGGAAUCGCGAAAGUAACCGUGCGUGGCAUAGUGGAGAAGCUGGGUUUUUCGGUGAUGGCUUCAGCGGAUGUAAAUGUGAAAUUGUCUCGCCUCUAUCAUUUGGCGCAGAAAUUUAAUAAUUUCUAUUUAACAGGUUUUCAAAAGGGAGACAUACGUCCAUUUCUAGUUGAAGGCGAACAAGUUGGUCUCGUUAAAGCCGAUGUCAUUAAGCAGCUACAACGUUAUCCCGAAAUAUUCUGUAUACGCGAUUGUGAAUUUACCAAACAGGGCAUAGUUGAGCUAAAUCCUGCAUUCCGUGACUAUGCUGAACGCACAAAGCAAGUCGAUAUAGUAUUACGUGAUUUACGUUCUAAGGGCAUUUUUUCUGCACUCCAAGGUUGGCGUGAUGAGUAUUAUGAGGUUAAAUCGGAAUAUCGUAGUCUAUUAAAAAUGGAUCGUUCGGCUACGCCAUUAUUUGGUGUACGUAAAUAUGGCGUAGAUAUUAACGGUUAUGUACAACAUCCAACGCAAGGUCUUUGUAUUUGGCUACAACAACGUUCGAAUACCAAAGAAACAUGGCCCGGCAAAUGGGAUAAUAUGGUCGGUGGUGGCCUAUCGGUGGGCUAUGGCAUUAAAGAGACUGCAGUUAAGGAGGCAGCCGAGGAGGCAUCCAUUCCAAGUGAACUUGUUAAAAAUCUUGUUUCAGCCGGUUGUGUUUCAUUCUUUUUUGAAAGUGAUCAAGGUUUAUUUCCAAAUACGGAAUAUGUUUUCGAUUUGGAACUACCAUUGGAUUUUGUGCCACAAAAUGCCGAUGGCGAAGUGCAAGCAUUUGAGCUGUUGCCGGCCAAAGAGUGUGUAGAACGUGUAUUUACACCGGAUUUUAAGACGACUAGCUGUCCGGUGGUUAUUGAUUUUCUAAUUCGCCAUGGCUACAUUACGCCUGAGAAUGAGUUUCAUUUCACACAAAUCAUUGAGCUCUUACAUGUGCCACUACAGUCGCUCUACACGUACAAGUCGCUAUUGGAGCAGAAACAGAAACUUAAACAACAACAACAACAUCAACAACAAAAUCAGCCGCAACAGCAACAACAGCAACAGCAAUCGCAUAAUGCCAAUAAUAUAAAAACAAUUGAGAAUGGUCACAAUAAUAAGGAAGAAAUAUUAAAAAAAUAAACAAAUAAAAAUGUGCAAAAUGUAGUAUGCAAAACGAAGUUAAAACAAAAACAAACGAAACGAAUAAAAAGUGAAACAAAAAGAAAAAAAAAACUUUUGGUAGUAAACGAUUGAAUAACAGACUGCGUAGUUUACAUUUACGCUCGUAGAUAUUUACAUACAUACAAAUAAAAAAACGAAUUAAUGUAUUUGCUGUUUAUAUAUACAUACAAUACAAACGUAUAUGCAUAUAUUUAAAAUAAAAAGAUUGAAUAAAAAUAUAGUUUAGAAUAUUUAACGCAUUAUGCGUAUAGUUUACACAUACAUACACAAACAUACAUAUGUAUUUUGCUGCAAGUCCCGCAUAAAGUAUGCUAUAAGCCUAGAAAAUUAUGAUGGUUCUUCUAUAAGUAUGUACACGUAUGUAUAACGCUAUCUAUCCAUCUUCGUGCAUUGCUACAUAUGUAUGCCACCUAGGCUACUAAUUUGUAAUGACAAUUGAUUUAAUUGCUGACUUUAAAUGCAUAAUAUCCUGCGUUAAAUCCAAUUACAAAUUAAAAAAAAAAAAACAAAAAAAAACCAACUCGU